AUGCCUUUCAGCUUCUCUUUCCCAUGUUUAAGGCCAUUUGCAACCAACAAUGUUGUGCCAUUGCCUGGUGUAUCUUACCAAUUUAACAUUUCCAGACCAGAAGGUGACGCUGUUCUGCAGGCAUUGGGCAAUACGGAGACGGUUCUGGACGAUGAAAUACAUGAUAGCAGAAAGAAGGAUCAGAAAAAUGAUUUUGAUGUGUUGGAUUCUUUCUCCAAAUUCGAAACAGAGUUUUCUGUCGCAGAGCGCGGGAAAAACACUUACACAUGUCUUGUACCCACCAGUAGCACUGGAAAUUCUUUUGGUUGCAUUACAGUACUGCAAAGUUUCGCAGUUAGGGAGGAUGCUGUCUCUUUUACUUUCAAAGGAUUGAGAAGGGCAAAAAUUAUGAAUCCAGAACUCAACCUUCACGACCAAGUUUGGAUAAGCACCGUUGUGGUCCAGAAAGACGUUGAUCUUGCAAAUAUAUUGAAAGAAGGUGAUCUGGAAGAGUGCAUAAAAAAUGCACGCCAGAGUUUCAAAAGUCUGACCAGCAGCCUCAAACAUUUCACAUCUUACUACAAGAACGCCAUGCAGGACAGAGAUGGAGAGUUUGGUCAUUUGCUAUUGCUGUCGCCACUUUCCAAUAUGAUGUACCUUCAACUGAGUAGAGGUUCGUUCAUCAAAUCAUGGGAUUCGUUGAACCGGUCGUUGGAGUUUUUACCACCCAAGAUCACAGAAAAAAAAGAUCUCGAACUUCUGCUGCAAAUUUUGGACAUGUCAGUUGCCAUUUUGCCCCUAGCACACCUCGAAAAACUGCGAUUUUUGGCUUUAGAGAAACCACAAGAAAGGUUGCAAGCUCUUGUUGAUGCUGAGCUUAAACUGACUCGUCUUUUCGCGGAAAUCUAUGAUUCUGUCAAGAGAAGCAAAGUUCAGCUGCGAGAACUGACCGCCCAAGAGAAGGCCAACUUUGUCGCCUUGCAUCUCAAUGCAUUGCGUAAGUUUUUGGGUAUUACUCGCAAAUCCCGUUCUAGAUUGCCUGAAUCUAAGAUUGGCGGUUUGCUGAAAGGGAGUUCAAACUCCGCUGUCGAAUCGCAAGAUGUUGAAGAAGACGAUGCCACCGCGAUGGAAAGUUUUUUGCAACGCAUAGAAGGGAACGAUCUUCAUCAGGAUGGACGCAAAAUGCUGCUCAAAGACUUGCGAAGAUUUAGGCAGAUGCAGCCGCAAAAUUCCGAGUAUCAGGUUCUCAAGAAUUAUUUUGAUGUGAUAGUGGAUAUUCCUUUCAAGACUCGCGGUGACAAAAGUGAUCCUGUGGAUCUUCGAAAGUCCAAAGAUAAGCUAGACACCGAUCAUUUCGGACUGCACGACGUAAAGCGGAGACUUGUCGAAUACCUUUCUGUCAUGAAACUGAACGAGACCGUUGCAGAUGCUUCACUACAAGCAAGACCACCAAUAUUAUUAUUGUCAGGACCACCGGGCGUUGGAAAGACAUCCAUAGCAAAAUCAAUCGCGGAUGUUUUAGGCAGGAAGUUUCACAGAAUCUCCUUGGGUGGUAUUUACAACGAAGCAGAGAUCAGAGGUCACCGCAGGACAUAUGUAGGUGCGAUGUGCGGCCUCAUCAUAAAUGCGCUGCGAAAAAGUGGCUCAAUGAAACCAUUGAUUUUGCUGGACGAAAUCGAUAAGGUGUUGAGUCUAACUGGGGCUGGAAAAGGUGGUCGCGGUGCCAGCAUAAAUGGGGACCCGGGUGCAGCAUUGUUGGAAGUUUUGGACCCCGAACAAAAUUCGACGUUUACAGAUCAUUAUGUUGGAUUCCCCGUGGACUUGUCAAACGUUCUGUUCUUCUGUACUGCUAACGAUUCAACAGAAAUUUCAGCACCUUUGCUGAAUCGUAUGGAGGUUAUAGAAAUUCCGGGAUACUCUCUCGAAGAGAAAAUUGAAAUUGGAGCUAAGUUUUUACUUCCUAAGCAAGUGAGACUAAAUGGUCUGCAAGGUGUUGGAGCAACAGUUGAGCUUUCCAAUGACGCAUGGAACAAGCUUGUUGCCGAAUACACGAGAGAGCCCGGGGUUCGAGGCCUGGAACGUAGUCUCGCCUCUUUAGUGCGAGGCAAAGUUGUCGAAUACGUGAAUGGAGCGGGCAAAGAUCAACAUAAACUGGUGAAUUCUGCUGACCUUGUCAAGUAUCUAGGAUUUCCACCACAUCCGAUUUCCAAGGAACUUGUCAAAGACGUGAGGCUUGCGGAGAAAAGCGGUGUUGUGAAUGGUCUGGCCUACAGCUCAAGUGGCUCUGGUGGGGUGCUUGUCUUUGAGGUUGUUCGAAUCGGGACUUUGGGUGAAAUCCGCAACGGACCCAAAGUGCACACGACAGGCAAUUUGGGCUCGCUCCUUAACGAGUCCAUCGAAGUUGCAACAGCUCUAGUGAAAUCUCUCAGGGAAAGGAGCGUUGUGCAAGGGCUUAUCCAGGACCCUUUCGAAGAGUUUCGACGCUCCGAGCUGCAUUUACACGUGCCUAUGGGUGCUGUGUCGAAGGAUGGACCUAGCGCUGGUCUUGCGAUAACGCUGGCUCUUCUUUCGAUCGCUUUUGACAUGCCUGUUCCCACAAACUUGUGUAUGACCGGCGAGAUAACAUCGAGAGGAAAGGUGCUUCCCAUCGGCGGGGUGAAAGAAAAACUUUUGGGGGCUCGGUUAUUCGGCAUGAAUAAGGUAAUGGUGCCACUUUCCAACCGAACGGACGUGAUAGAGUCUGUAAUGGACUCUGAGGGUUUUGAGAAGUGUUUGAAAUCCACACACUUUCCUGAGCUCUCUGUAGUGCGACAGAAAUGGCACUUGGAGCUGCACUACGUGGAUGACUUGUUUGAUAGCAUAAGAGUUUGCUGGCCGCACAGUUUUCAAGUCAAAGGCAACAAGAUAUUGAUGAUACCCACGGUAGGAUCCGCGAGACCGCUGCUGUAA